AUGAGUGUGCUUCCCAUCUCGUCUCAGCGAUUCUUCUCAAGGCUGCGCAGCACCAGCCUCCUUUCCACAACCCAGCAAGGCUUCCAUUCCCCCCAUCUCCACGAAGUUCGCGCGAACUGCGGCUGGGGCGAUUCUUAUAUCUACGGGUCCUUCCUAACGCCCUUUUUCUAUUUCCCCGCCGUUCGCCGGAUAAGUGGCAGCUUCAUCGGGGCGGAUGGAGGGACUGUGGACUUGCCGCUUCUGGUUCACCGGCCAGCAUGCAGCGUGAAAGAAAUCGCUUUUCAGAAGGUCUACUCUUCCGACACGAUCCUCCGCUGGCUUGAGGCGAGCCCCGAUCUCGAGCACGUUGCGUUCCAGCUCUCCGUUCAUCGCGACGAUAGGUGGACUGAUUUCGAUGCAUUGGAAUUCCGGGAAGCUCUUCUUCCCUCUCGACAGACGCUGAAGACCCUGCGUCUGGAAGUGGACGAGUAUUUUGAUGAGACAAUUACUGACUACCAAGCCGAGAACGAGGAGCCGUUUGGCGCUUUCACGAAUUUUACUAUGCUCCAGGACCUGGUCAUCCGGCAUGCACACCGACCAAUGCCCGGUGUUCUUCUGAGGCGGACAUUGUGUUUCUUCGCAAAGGACAGAGCACUCUGA